UCUCUGUUGGGAUUUCAUUUUCCAAUUGUUCAAGUUUGUUUUGAUUUGCCCUCUCAACAACAAGUGUGGCUUCGACUCUCAGACACAAUUGCAGACAACAAAAUCUUCAACCAUGUCUGACUCCCCGCCCUCGCUCGAUUCUCCGAGUGGUCCCACAAGCCCGUCGCCAAUGACAGUUUCUAGUUCUUGGUUGGAAAUUGUGGACGGUUCUGCCGACGAGUUGGCCACGCUCGGGCAAGAUGCAGCCACUGCUUCCAUUCUUCUGCAGCGUUCCACAAUAGGCACUGCUCGACAAGUUGAAAACUUGCAAACGCGACGUGUCGUGCUCGUUGACGCUAGCCACUACGACGAGCAGGAGCAACAGCCACAGCAACAACAAGAACAGCAAGAACAGCAGGAACAGCUGGAGCAGCACGACGUCGGCGAAACACCCGUUCCGCCUCUUCAACACGAAGAACCUCGCGCCCCUGUUUAUCACGAGGAGGUGGUUGGCUCGCUCGUGUUUGAUCGCGUCCCGCACGUGCUCCAAGUGCCCACCUUUGCAGCAUCCACAACCGAAACCAAUCUCAACCCAAGCACGAACGCAUCUUUUACCCUCGCCCUAACUGCUGACGGUGGGAUGGAUGACGCGCAGGACGCAGACGGGGCUGUCGUCGACAUGACUCCUCGCACCUUCUCUCCGAUGCCGAAUCUUGCUGCAUCGCACUUUGCCGUCGAAUCCUGGGCGCGCUGGUCGUCUGCCGAAACUGACGCUGCUCUGGUCGAAGCGGCUGCAGCUGCCGAAGAUUCGGGGGAAGCCGACGUGCUUGCAUGCUCCAUCGCCGAGGCGUGCGAUUCGACCCUGGACUUGCCCACUGCCAGCGCCCUGUUCGCACAACGGCGCUCCGUCAACCUUGCCGACAGCGACGACUUGACUGGAGCACACUCGUCAGCACACCUCUCGCCUGCCUUUGAGAUGAUUGGCAGCAAUGCAAGCGAGUGCUCGUCCUUUGCAGAUUUGGACGACUCGAGCUCCCAGCUCGUCACAGAGUCUGCAUCGAAACAGGACGGCUCACGGCCAAGCCACGAAGCAACCGGCAGCAUUGCCAGUGCAUCGACACACGCAUCGUCGCAGCAGCUCGAUUCAGCCCAAGCCCUACUUCGCAAAAAGUUGUUCGAGUACCAUCUGCAACAGCUCGUGGCCCAACAACAACAACAACAACAACAACAGCAGCAGCAGCUCAAUGACGGGGCGCUCCCACUUGAUGCGUCCUUGCUGAUGAUCAAUGUGACGGAUGUUGACGACAUUGUCCCUCCGUCGCGCGACGGAUCGAUUUCACCCGCGAGGCGCGCGCCACUCCCGGAUGCGGUGGACGUCCUGGGAUCGCUGGCCGCUUCUGCUGCUGCGAUCAGCUCGACCACGGACGAUGGCCAACCGCAGCAGCAGCAGCAGCAGCAGCAGCAGCAGGCAGGCGCCGCUGGCAGCGAGUCGGUCGCGCUGCAACCGUCUUCCUCGCCGUCCUUGUCCACCGUCUUGAUCGGUAGCUCCAUCCUGCUUGCUUCGUCGCAAUCGAGCUCCCUUAUUGUUGGAGCCUCAGCAGCAUCAUCCUCCACCUGCUCUUCCAACUCUUCGGUUGUCGACUCGCCAGCGUCUGCAUCUGUCAACCAGUCUCAGUCGCUUGUGGUGCUCCACGAUUCUGUUACUGCCACUGUUCCUGCUACUGCUACUGCUGCUGGCAUGACAGCAAGCACGUCUGCAAGUCAAGACACCUCGGGCUCGAGCCCAACUUCUGAGAGCCCGAUUCUCAGCCCUAGCCCCACCACAGCCAGCCCUUCCUCCAGCCCGUCGAAGCGUCACCACGCACACCAUCACUCGCAUCAUCACCACAGCAAGAGCCACGGGAGACACCACAAAUCCCGCAGCGGCCAACCAUCGCCCCCGUCUGGUCAUGGGUCGUCGACAACGUCAUCGCCGCAUGGCCAAUCUUCGCGCCAUCGGCAUCGUCACGCGUCUCCGGACUUGGAAGAGCAGGAGGAGGAGGAAGAAGAAGCCGAGCGCAUCAUCUUCCCGGGGGAUGAACUGAUGUCACAAUCGCUCUCGACCAUCAUCCGAACCAUGCGCGGACCCACCUUUGGCUCUGGCAGCACCGCCGGAGGACUCCCCGCUGUUCGCCAGCUGUUCCCUACCGCCAAGCACCAGCCCGAGGAAGAUGACGGCAACAUUUCCGACGACGAUGACGACGGCGAGGACGAUGACGACACUGCGCCGCUCGAUCCUGCCGAUGCCGUGCCGACGCCGCUGCAACCAUUCAUUCGCGCUCCUCAAGCUCGUGCCGCCCGCAUCGGAGCGCUGGACGAGGCAUUUGCGCAGCUUGGUCUUCGCGACGGACUGUCUGUCGGACGACGCGAGCGCCUGGGCGAUAGUGCGCUGAUGGCCUCCGCCUUUGCCUCGACCGGGUUUGCCAGCACCACCAGCGACAGCGACUCUGGCACGGCAAGAGGCCCCAUCUUUUCGCGAAUGGAAGUGAUGGACGCCACUCCCGUUGAUUCGCAGGGCUCGGAGACGGAAAUCCGGGACAUGUACGAGUACUCGGACAUGCUCUGGACGUGGAACUACCAGCCGACCGACUCUGCCUCGCGUUCUCGUCACGGCUCGUCUCCACACCACCCCAACGAUGCGCUUGCUGAGGGUGAAGAUGCUUCAGGCCUCAAGCGCCGACGUUUGACCAGGACUCAGCGUGACAAGCGCAAGCAGCUUGCCAAUCAACAGCUCGAGCUGCAAGCAAUGGCUCGCAAAGGCCGUCUCCGUCGAUACGUCGGAGCUUGGACGAAGCUUUCCACCUACUUUUUGAACGCGCUCUCACCACCCAACAGCCAGGCAGCGUCCGAAUCCGAUUCUGCCAUGCACUCUGGUUGAAAUGUCACCAGCUUCUUGCUUGAUUUUUCAUUCAUCCUUCAUGAUUGAUUUUUUUUUGUGUUUUUGGUUUUCGCUGUUCCAAGCACUUCCUCCCCCCCCCAAUGGGCGUGCCAGGACAAGCAUGUUUAAAUCAGUGUUGUGUCUCUCAUACGUAGAUGUAGUGGUGUGUACAUAUCGUUGUGUGUCUUCCUGAAUGAAAUUAAAAAAUUGAAUAGUCACAA